UCCUCCCGCCAGCGUCCGCUUACCAGAAUCCAAGAUGGCGAGAUCCAGGCAAAGGGGUCUCCAGACUGGAGCUCGGCCGCUGUUCUGCGCCUUGCUGCUGUCGCUCUUUCGGUUCGUUGGGGGCGACGGCGUGGGAGGCGACCCCGCGGCUGCUGGCUCCACGGGCUCCUCAGCAGCGCAGCCACAUCGCCGUUUCGAGUACAAAUACAGCUUCAAGGGACCGCACCUGGUGCAGAGCGACGGGACCGUGCCCUUCUGGGCCUACGCGGGGAAUGCUAUUCCAAGUUCAGAUCAGAUUCGAAUAGCACCAUCAUUGAAAAGCCAAAGAGGAUCAGUAUGGACAAAGGCAAAAGCGGCCUUUGAGAACUGGGAAGUUGAAGUGACAUUUCGAGUAACUGGAAGAGGUCGAAUUGGAGCUGAUGGCCUGGCAAUUUGGUAUACGGAAAAUCAAGGCCUGGAGGGCCCUGUAUUUGGAUCAGCUGAUAUGUGGAAUGGAGUUGGAAUAUUUUUUGAUUCUUUUGACAAUGAUGGAAAGAAAAAUAAUCCUGCAAUAGUAAUCAUAGGCAACAAUGGACAAAUCCAAUAUGACCAUCAAAAUGAUGGUGCUAAUCAAGCUUUAGCAAGUUGCCAGAGGGACUUUCGUAAUAAACCCUAUCCUAUCCGGGCAAAGAUUAUAUAUUACCAGAAAACAUUGACAGUAAUGAUCCAUAAUGGCUUCACACCAGAUAAAAAUGAUUAUGAAUUUUGCGCCAAGGUAGAAAAUAUGAUUAUUCCUGCACAGGGGCAUUUUGGAAUAUCUGCUGCAACUGGAGGUCUUGCAGAUGACCAUGAUGUCCUUUCUUUUCUGACUUUCCAAUUGACUGAGCCUGGGAAAGAGCCACCUACACCAGAUAAAGAAAUUUCUGAAAAAGAAAAAGAAAAGUACCAGGAGGAAUUUGAACACUUUCAACAAGAAUUGGAUAAAAAAAAGGAGGAAUUCCAGAAGGACCACCCUGACCUUCAAGGGCAUCCUGCUGAUGAAAUAUUCGAGAGUAUAGGAGAUCGUGAGCUGAGACAAAUCUUUGAAGGGCAGAAUCGUAUCCAUCUUGAAAUCAAGCAGCUGAACCGACAGUUAGAUAUGAUUCUUGAUGAACAGAGAAGAUAUGUCUCUUCCUUGACAGAGGAGAUUUCUAAAAGAGGAGCAGGAAUCCCAGGGCAGCAUGGACAGAUCACUCAACAGGAACUGGAUACUGUUGUGAACACUCAGCAUGAGAUUCUGAGACAAGUAAAUGAAAUGAAGAAUUCCAUGAGUGAAACUGUCAGACUGGUCAGUGGCAUACAGCAUCCUGGAUCUGCAGGUGGCGUAUAUGAGACAACCCAGCACUUCAAUGAUAUCAAAGAGCACCUCCACAUAGUCAAGCGGGACAUAGAUCACUUAGUGCAGCGAAACAUGCCAUCAAAUGAAAAGCCAAAAUGCCCAGAACUACCACCAUUUCCCUCAUGUUUAUCUACGGUGCACUUCGUCAUAUUUGUAGUUGUACAAACGAUGUUAUUCAUUGGUUAUGUCAUGUAUAGGAGUCAGCAAGAAGCAGCUGCCAAAAAAUUCUUUUGACCACCAUUUUCAUAUGUGUACAUCAUCCUGGUGCUUGUGACUCUGCAUAUUUGUGGAACUCAAGGAGGCAGUAGUAGAAGCGGUGAUGGAAUCUUGGAAGGCAGAAUUUGAAAAAUAGCGUUAAUACUUCUGAUUUCUUUCUUUGAAUGCCAGAGCUAAGGAUAUUGUGAAGCACUUGUUCGUAAGCGUAACCUUGGAAUGUCUGGCUGAAAGGAGUUGUUGCAGUCAGUGCAUAGUCCUAGAUAUUAGAGAACAAUCUGUAAAUGACACUUAAUUUCAUUUGCACAGCUGAGGUAGACUUAAAAAAUACUCUUAUUUUCCUUCUUCUAGCUCAAGUGGUAUAUUUCAUUUGCCAUAGAAUUAAAAAUAGUACUGUUUAUAAAUAGUACUAUUUAACUCUUCACAACCUUGAUAAAUUUGCUCUCAGCUAUCAUUUACAGAUUGGACUAAUUGCUUAAAAUCCAUACAGAGACUGAAGAACUCUGCAUUAUAGCAAUACCUAACUGAUACUGUGUAUGCAAACAGUCCCGCAUUGCUUUUUAUAAUAGUGUUUAUCCUGGAAUGAUGAACGAGAAUCUUCUAAUGGUCAUGCUCGCUACUUUGGCCACUUCAACUUAGAAUGUUCUUUGCUAGUGUUUUCUUUGUAGUGUUAACAUUUUGAAAUUCAUGUUUCAGAGACAUCACAGAAUGUUUCCUCAUCACAGAAUUUACUCUUAUUCCAUGAAAAAAAAAAAGUUAACACCUUCAGAAGAGUGUGUCAGUUGUAGACUAUGAGACUUGGAAAUCCUCUUGAGGUAAAAGGCUGCAAAUACCCAGUAUUAUAAAAUCCAUAGUCACGUGUGCCUGAACUUAUUAAAGGAAUACCAGAUCUAUGCAGUAUACACUUUCUAGGCAGAAUUCAAGAGGAAUCAUUCCUAAUGCAAAUGAAGACAGCCAGGACAGAAGAGCAUGAGCACGAAUUCUUGUUCUUUCUCACUAAUUUAAUUUGCAGAAACUCAUUCAGUAAAGCAGUUCAUACAGGUCAUACUAUUGGAAAUUUGGUUUAUUUUCCUCAAAAUCAUUUACUUUAAGCAGCUCAUUUCUGUAGAAAAACGUUGGCUCUGUGAAAUAAUCACUGCCAGGAUUCUUUCAUUUCUGUACUAUUUUAUAUAAUUGAAUUUAACUUCUCUCACCAGCAAGUAUUUUACAGGUGCCUUGAAUUAAAACAAAAUUGAUUUUACAAUUUUAGUGUAAGGCUUUGUGCUUAGGCCACUUUAAAAAAGAUGAACUUAUGUAAUGGUUAGUUAUUCAGUGUACCUAUUUGUUUUCUAAUUGUUUGACUGUUUUAUUCAGCUUGAAACUUUACUAGGAGGCCACGUAGUAAUAUUAGAAAUAUUACUAUAGAAAUUAUAAAAUAUAGAAAUUGGCCACAAUAUUCUGUUACAUAUUAGAGGGAUAUCGGUGUUUCUCUAAGUGUGAUCUGUCGACCAUCUGAGUCCUAGGAGUGCUUGUUAAGAAUCUGUAUUUCGGAGUUCCCAUCGUGGCUCAGCAGAAAUGAACCUUACUGGCAGCCAUGAGGACACAAGUUCGAUCCCUGGCCUUGCUCAGUGGGUUAUGGUUCCAACAUUGCUGUGAGCUAUGGUGUAGGUCACUGACGCGGCUCCAAUCCUGUGUUGCUGUAGCUGUGGUGUAGGCCUGCAGGUACAGCUCCAACCCCUAGCCUGGGAACAUCCAUAUGCCUCACGUGCGGCCCUAAAAAGACAAAAGACAAAAAAAAAAAAAAAAAAAAAGAAUCUGUAUUUCAGGGCUCUGUUCCAAACCACCUGAAUCAAAACUCAGGGGCGGACGCUUCAGAAUACCAGUUUUCAACAGGCACCUCAGGUGAUUCAGAACACACUACUGUUUGAGAACCACUAAGAUUGGGAGGGGAGGUAAAGAAAAGUCUUUUUUUGCUUUAAAGUAAGCUCAGAGCAUAAUAUAGCAUUUUCAUUGUUAAUGACAUUUGCAAGUGUGCACUGAUUCUUUUAUACUUAUGAUCUACUACUUUGAUGUUCUUUUUACUAAAAUUCUUGGUUUAUUAGCAACCAAAAACUAAACUCAGAUUGCUGCCUGUAGCUCUUGGUACUUUGUUAGAUGGCUUUUAGACUUACAAAAUCAUCUUCAGAUCGUGGUCAAGCCAUGAAAAUCCCCAUCUUCAAGUCUGCCUGCUAAAGCUUUUUGCUUUCUUGAUUGUGAUUUUUGUGACAUUUUAUCUCAGACAGUUGUACUUUUUGAUAACUUGGGGAAAACAAAAAUUACUUGAAUAAAGGACCGCCUGACCCACUGCUUUGCAGUGAUCCAGUCUUUGUAAAGAACAUAAAUGACAGUCGUGAAUAUUAAGAUGUGAUUAUCUCUUCCUGUCCACAUGCUUAUUGCAGGGAGACAGUGAACCAAGGAUUAUAUUGGGGAUUUUUUUUUAUUAUAAGAUCUAAUGUAAAAUCAUCACUUGCAACUUUUUAGAUCUGGGUGUUGCCUGUUUAAUAUAUUUCUUUGAAAGUUUAAAAGGGUUUUCUAUCCACUGUUAAUUUCAAUUGGAUAACAUUUUGUCAAGUGUUUUUUUCCUGAUUGUUUUUUGAUGCUAGCUGGAAUUCAAGAAAUGACAUUGACCUUAUUCAAAUAAAGAAAUAUUUUAGUAAA